AUGGCUUUUCGUUUCCUACAUCUCUUUUGCCCUCUUGUGGCCUUCCUCUCUCCGGAGGCCAUGGCAAGCCCUACGUUGGUGGACCGGGCUGUUCCAGACCGGGUCCAAAAACGAGCUGCAACUUGCACGCCAAGCUCCGGAGGAACAGCUUCUCUCGACGACACUCCGGCAAUUGCAGCGGCUUUCAAAAACUGCGGCAAUGGAGGCGUCAUCGUCUUUCCUCAAGAUGUCACCUACAUGAUACGAAGCCAACUCGACUUCAGCGGCUGUGCUGGCUGCGAGGUUCGACUCGAUGGCCGGCUGAAGGCCUCUGAUGAUCUCACCUACUGGAACAACACUCGGUACAUGGUGCGAGUCAAAGGUAUCAACGGAGCCAAGAUACACAGUCCUCUUGGCACCGGCCUGGUCGACGGCAAUGGCCAAGCUGCGUGGGACCGGUUCGGAGCAAGUAAGGACCUGCGGCGGCCUACCCUCCUCACAGUCGAAAGUUCAACCGAUAUCGAGAUUUCUGAUAUAUCGCUCAAGAACGCACAAAAUGUGUUCAUCAGCGUCGGGUCGAAGAGUGCGCGUAUCGGCUUCUCCAACAUGAAUAUCACUGCCAUCAGCAAAUCCACGUAUCCGCCCAAGAAUACGGACGGGUUUGACAUUGGAGAAUCAGAAAAUGUCUCACUUUCCAACAUAUACAUCCAAAACGAUGAUGAUUGCGUUGCAUUCAAGGCCGGCUGCAACUAUGCCACCGUCAUUGAUAUCACCUGCCAAGGCUCACACGGUCUCUCCGUGGGUUCUUUGGGCAAAUAUCCAGGCUCGGUGGACUCUGUCACGAACGUUUAUGUUAAGAACGCCAUUAUGCGUGACUCAACUAAGGCUGCUGGUAUCAAGAUCUACCCUGGCGGUAGCGACCACGGCACGGCGGUUGUCCGUAACGUCACAUGGGACGGUGUCCAGGUUGAUAACUGCGACGCUGCGUUCGAGUUUGACACUUGCUACAACUCGGACGAGGAUUAUUGUCAGAAGAAUCCUAGCCCGGCUCAAGUCACUGAAAUUUACAUCAACAAUUUCUCUGGAAAGACUAGCACCCACUAUGCACCCACUACCGGUCACAUAUUUUGCCCAACGGAAGGCGAUAAUUGUCAGUUUAAGGGUCAGAAGUGGACCGUCGAGUCGUCUAAAGGGCAAGGCCAGUUGCUGUGCCAUAACAUAUCACCCGAUGUACUUGGUAUUAACUGUGUGGAGAGUAAUCCUUAG